AUGUCAUUGAAAAAAGAUGACUUUUGGUGCUCUGAAUGCAGCAAGAGUGUACCUGGAAUGUGUAGAAAGCAUGGUGGUUUUCACCAAGUGUAUGACAAUGUCAUUCCUUCUCGAGCCAGGCUGACACUCCCACAGGGGCUUGUCAUUAAGCCAGUCAAAACGCAGGAUGGAAAAUUAAGAUAUGGUGUAUUUGCCAAGCGGAUUGUUCAAGUUAAGUCACAGUUUGGUCCUUUCAUGGCAAAAGUUUCAUCGACAGAACAAGCCAAAGCAGAAAGUGAGAAGAAUAAAGAAAAAGAAAAAAUAGCUGCGGAGAAGGAAGACGUUAACGAUGAAAAAGUUGUAGAGUCUUCUAAUGUAGAACAGAAGGGAGAAAACUCUUUGAGUUUGCCUGCAGAAAUGACACCAUUAGAAUCGCAGCAGAACUUUGAUACAGGCACCAGUCACAAAGUGCUGGUAGAUGGAGAUCUUUUUGAUGGAAUGGUUUCUGAAAAUCAAAGCAAUCAACAGAUUGUACCGGUGGGUGUAUCUAUAGCUAGCUCCCAGACUCUGCAGCCAGCAUCGUUUACUGAUACCGAAGUGACACAGAGCCUACAGUGUUACCUAUCUACGGCUAACUCACUCACUGAUGUUGCCAAUGCUCUCCCAUCCUUUAAUAGUGGGGGUGAUAUACUAUCCAGUCAAACACAAUUUGGGUCUGAGCUGAACCUACAAACAUCUAUUGAGACAGGUCUACCAGUGACUGACAGUCUGUCUUCAAAUGCAGGACUCGGUCAAACGGCUGAGCAGCAGCUAACUCACAUACCAAACCAGUCCUUUGAAACACGUGUAACUGUGGACAGUGAGGGGCGUGUUGUUGUUAAUGCUGUUCCGGUAAAUACCUUACAUGGUCUGGUAUCUACACAGAUGCUUGUCAGUGAUAACCUAACACUAGGAGCGUCACAAAAUCAGUUGACAGAGGGAUUGACUGUGACUCCAACAGGGGACAGCCUCUUGGUGAACCCUGCAACUGGGGAGGUCUUGUCAGGACCUCAUCGGACUCAGGUCUCCCACACUAACAAUAUUACAGGCUUGAUUCAACAGCAGUCAAGUGAAUUGAUGUCUCAUCAGGCCAGUGAACUGUUGCAACAUCAAUCUGGUGAAUUGUUACAACAAAAUCCUCCUGAUGAGUUACUGCCCCAACAGGAGUCUGGACAGCUGAUAUCACAACAACCAAAUGAUAUAGUGUUACAACCAGAGGAGAUGCUGCAACAGCAGGAGGAGACAUCCGAGGUGGGACCUGAUGGGGACAGAACUACAUCAGUACAGACAUCUGUUACGUUGUCUAAUGCUGAGAAGGCAGAACCAAAGGACUCCUCAGUCAUACAACUGGAAUCAGCUGAGGUACCUCCAAAACCAGUCAACACUGCAGCUGAGCAAGAAUAUGAACUGAAGGUCUUCAAGGAGGAUGGUUAUGUCGACACCCUUGACUUUACUGAUGAGGACAAGUGCAACUGGAUGAUGUUUAUCCGUCCAGCAAAAACAGCCUCUGAACAAAACCUUGUAGCUUACCAAUUCCAGGACUAUGUAUUCUAUGUUUCUACCAAGCCAAUUCCAUCGAACACUGAGCUGAAGGUAUGGUACUCAGCUGAUUAUGCAGAGAAGAUGGGAAAAGAAAUGCUUCCUGAUGAUGAAUCUCCUGAGGGAGCAGAAUUUCCUGCCAAAUGGGUGUGCUCAGUAUGUUUUGAAGGAUUUAGCACGUUUGCUGAAUUAGAAGCUCACAUGUGUCCAGGGGUGCCACCUGGUGGUAAAAGACUGAGAGGAAGGCCAAGGAAAGGAAGGCCAAGAAAAUAUGUAAAACCGUCCAAAACAUGGAGAGCACGACUUGACAAGGCUCGUCUGUCUAAGGCAAGGGUACAAGAUCCAAUGGUACCAAAUGUUCCCAGAAAGAGAGGUAGACCCCCAAAAAUUAAGCCUGCAGUGAUGGUGGUUGAAAAACCAGCCUCACCAGAAAUGGAAGAACCUAUUCCAUUCAAUGAGACUGAGGAUCUAGAGGAACCUACCACAGAUCAACUGCUUAAUGACAUCCUUGGUGUUGAUGAUGACGAUGAAGAUGAUGAGGAAGAGGAGGAUGAGCCUAUCAUCCCAAAAAGAAGGGGUCGGAAACGUAAACUUUUGAAAAUUCCCAAGCCAAAAACUCCCAGGGGUCCAAGAAGGGAACCUAUGACAUGCCCCUAUUGUGCUGAGAAAUUCACCAAGGAAGCCAUAUAUGUGAUACAUGUUGCUGAACACACUGGUAUUAAGCCAUUUAUUUGUGAGGACGAAGACUGUAAAAAAGGAUUUAUGUCAAAGUUCAAACUAGAGCGACAUCGUCUGAUACACACCUGUCCACGUCACCACAAGUGUCCUUACUGUGACAAGUCCUUUAAUCGUAAAGACCAUCUAAAGAACCAUCUUAUUACACAUGACCCCAACAAGAAGCGCUGGGUUUGUGAGGAAUGUGGCAAGGAGUAUUCAUAUAAUUUCUCAUAUAGAACUCACAAAGCUUUCCAUGAUGCAGAGUCUGGGAGGACGACCGAAUGUGGUAUCUGUCACAAAGAACAUGAGACUCGUGAGGAACUUCUCUAUCAUCUCAAAGUUCAUAGUGGUGCAAGGUCUGUGAAAAACUGCUUAGAAAAAACACAUGAGUGCGUAGAUUGUUGUAAAAAGUUUUACACUAAAAAAGAUGUACGUAGACAUAUGAUAACGCAUACAAAGAAAAAAGACUUUUUGUGUCAGUAUUGCCCACAAAGGUUUGGACGUAAAGAUCAUCUCACACGCCACCUGCGGUCAUCUCACUCUGGGGACAACCCUAAUGCCAAGCCUCCCCGUGCUCCCCGGGGGGAAAAGAAAGAAAGACAGGUGAAACAUUAUGAGAGGAUAGAGGCAGCUGUUGCUAUGCCAACUAUGAGAGAGGAGCCUGCUGUACUAGUCACCUCACAACCAUCGCUGAAUAACCCGUACCCUAUUCAUGCUAUACCAACAGAGACCCGUGAUGUACCGCUUCCAAUACACCUUUAUGAAAAUAUCAAUGCCCAACCAGUCAUCACUAUGGCAACCAUGACGCAGCAGCAGCAGCAGCAGCCAGCUCAGAUGCAGCAGACCCUACACAUAGCCCCAGCCAAUCAGAUGCAGGUUGAGCGGUACACAGUGGAAGUUGGUAAUCAAGGAAUCCGUCACGUCAAUGUUAACCAAACAAUGGACGCAGGAGUGAUUGGCGGGAAUGACUACAGACCAAUGCAGCACCAGGGUACAACUAUGUAUCUGACUCAGCCACAGCAACAUCAUAUGAUCGCCAACAAGGAUGCCAACAUGGAGCUAGUACGUACUAAUGGAGUGUUGGACCAGGUUCAAUACCAGCCAGUACGAGAACAAGGUACUCGUCCGACUGUCUUGCAGACCUCAGAUGCUAGACAGACGCCCUCAGCACAGACGUUCUCAACACUACUUGGCUACAUGGAGACUUUGAGAUUCCUGGAGAAUCUGCCAACCAACACUCAGGGUGGGGUUAUACAAAUGGAAGCAACCCACACUCCCACUAUGGUACCCAUACAAACAACACCCUAUUCUACCAGUGCUACUCCUAACCUGGUGGCACAUCCAGCAGAAAUGCAGAAAAGGAUGCCAGUUUCUCAUCACAAUGUUUAUCAACAAGGGUCAUGAUCAACUCUCAUUGAUACUUGUACAUAUAUGAACUGUCAGCAGUCAUUAAUGUAUCAUGGACAGCCCUUGUUGAUGUAUAGCUAGUGUAAGGAAAUAAGUCCCGUCAUAUUUUAAUGACUUACAAGCUGUGCUGCUGUUGAAAUUUCUGAAGUUAAAAGAUUGAAGUUACUAUUCUCAAAUACUGUGACUGGUAGCGUAGCAUUGAAGCCCUUUGAAUUAUGAUAAAGAGGGAUUGUACUAUAUGAGAUGAAUUUGGUGGAAGUUUGGUGAUCAAGUUUCUUCAUUUAAACAUCUCUUUCUUAGUAAAUGGAUAAGCAAACCACAGACAGGAAAUUGAUUAAGGAAGAGAUAUAACAGAAGGUGAAACUGAUUUGAUUGAUAAAACAGUAGUAUUACUAUUUAUCAUAUAUAUAGCAGUUAUAUAUUUUAGGAAUUAUUUGUAAUAUUUUAACAUGGAUAAGGUAAAUGGUAGUCUUGUUUAACCUGUCCAUGUAUACUUGUGAGGAAUGAUUUUGAUUGUGCCUAAGUCCUUCAUUAAUUAACACCAUUCCUGUGUAUUUUUGCAUCAUACACAUGAUGCGAUGUAGUUAAUGAUGUUUCGUCUCCAUUUCUUUUUUUACCGGUAAAAUAAUAAAAUAUUCAGAUUAUUUAUCAUCACAUGUGUAAAAUAAACAUUUGUCCUCCUGUUCAAUGUUUUGGACAUGCAAUAUUUGUCCUCUAUCUCUUUAAACUAGAAACAGAUACAGAACUAAUAACAAAAUAUUGUAAGAAAUUGACUUAAUUGCGAAUUUAUUUCGGAUAGGUGGUUUUGUUUUUAAUUUGACUUUUUUCUCUGAGUUAUGCCCCUUUACACAUAUAAGCUAGAACUUAGAAGUCCCCAGUGUAAAUGUCUUGAAAACUAAUUUCAUGUGUACCAACUGAAGGCAAUACAUUUUAAAGCAUGAAAAAUUACCAUUGUACUCUUAUCGUUGUGUAGACUAAAUGUUCUCUUUAAUUUGGCCCAACCUUGGCUAUGUAUGUUACCUUUGUGGUAACUCAAAAACAAUCCCUGAGAGUGAAGAUAAUGAAGUAGUAUAUAGAAAAAUAUACAUACUAGUAAACAAACACUGAUAAACUCAUAACUUCUUGGAUUACCUUCAGGUGAAGUAGGUUGUAAUUGUUAAAACUUCCAGCACGCUCUAUGUUCCAUUUGACUUCCCUGUCCAUAGGCACUACACAUUAUACAUAUUAUAGUAUUUUUUUACCCCAACACCAUAUGGUGAGCUGUUCAAAUUGCCAUUGGUCAUUGGUCUGUCGUCCAUCCGUCCAAUAUUCCCUCCAUCAGUCUGCCUAUUCUUAAGAAGUUGUUGUUGUUUCAUACACUAGAUUGACCUGAGAUUUCUUAGGUAGACUCUCCUUGGUCCUUUGAUGUGAAUCUUAUAUUUUGAGACUUCUCGAAAAAACAAAACAGGUGACAGAUGGACAUAUUGUAUUUGAAAGUUGUCACUUUUUUUUUUGAAAAGUACAUAAUGGAUCAUUCUGAAAUUUCACAUGUAAACUUCUCUGGGUACCUAGCUGUGCAUAUUUGAAAAUUGAGAAUAAUAAAAAAAGUGACUAACGGCUGAUAUAUUUAUCUUUAAAGGAAACACUGCUGUUGCCAGGUUUUUUGUAUAUUUUUCUGAUGAAUUCGGAAACAAAUGGAUUGAAUGACAAGCAUUAUCUUAAUUGAAGGGUCAUAAUGUGAUAUUGCACACGUUAAUGAGGUUUACAAAACUGGGAGAAUCCAGUGUAAUGUGUAUAUAUAGUGUUUAUUGUAUUAUCUUUGAAAUAUAACUGGCAUCAUCAGAAUGUUAAUUAACAUUUCCAGCAAUUUCAUUGAAUUUAAGAGAUAGAAAUUUGACAAAUACCAUUACAUUAUUAAGCUGUGAAUUUCAAACUACUAGAAAUCAGUUAUUUGGAAUGCUUUGAGUUUUGAAAGUUGUGUUUUGAUUAAAUAGAGUUGAUUUAAUGUAGAAUUGUAUGUACAGAAAUGUGUAUGGAAGUCCAUCAGGAAAAUCAGAAACAGUGAUCAUAUCAAGUGCUUGAGUACUGGUAUCUAUAUUCUUUGAUCACCUGAGAUAAAGUCUCAUGGUAACCUAUUCUAAUCUUCUUCAUCUGGCAUCUUGCGUCCAUGUACAAUUUAACAUUUGCGACUUCUUCUCUAAAACCCCUGAUCCUAUUUCAAUGAAGUUUUGCAGAAACGUUCCUUGGCCUAAGAUGAACCAAAGUUGUGAAGUAUACAGUCCCAACUCCCUAGGGGCCUGAGGGCCAAAAAAGGGUCAAAUUGACUUGGAUUUCAAAAAUCUUCUUCUCAAGACCCAGAUAUGAUAGAAUCAAAUACUCUUCAUGGAUGGAAGCAUCUUAAGGUGCUUUACCAAAAUUGUGAAUUUCAUGGCCCCAGGGUCUCACAUUUCGUUGUGGGAAGGGAGUAAAGUUUACUAUAGUUUACAUAUAAUAAAACAAGAUUUUUGAGCAUGAUUUGUUUGAUUUCCAUUGGAAAUAUGUAAAACUUGGCUAGAAUUAUGAGUGAAGGAUGACGUCUUGAUGGUAUGCCCAUUUUGAUCCUGACUGACCCCAGGGUCUGAUGGGUGGGGAACAAAAUAGUCAAAUAGAUUUUAAAUUUUAAAAAUCUUCUUCUGAAGACCCAGAUAUUAGAAUCAGUUCCUCUUCAUGAAUGGAAGCAUCUUGAGGUGCUUUAAUUACCAAAAUGAGUCUAACAUUUCUUCCUUGGGAGGAAUAUGUUUCUUUUUGGAUUUUACUGUAAUUUCCAUAGAAAAAUUGCAUUUUUGAAAUUAUUUUGGAAAUAACUUUAUAAAAAUUAUCAGUAUAGAAUGACAGUUUUGAUGGUAUAUAUGUAUUAACACUGACUUACUAUACUCAGUGUCACAAUUUCUGUUUCAUGACACUUGAUAACUAUCCCUUAACUUUUAUAUUCAAUAUUGCUUAUCUCAGGUGACUGUCAAGGAUGCUAGGCCUCUUGUUAGCCUGCUGUCAACAGAUAAGCUGUUUGAUUCAGUUGCAUCCAAGGUUUGUCAUCCAUUGUUAAAGAACAAUUGUUAAUACUAUUUCUACAGAACGACUGAUUGGAAAUGGCUAACAGAAAGCAAAAUUUGAAUUCAACUAUGAAAGUUUGUUGCUGUCAUUUCUUGCAAAGUACUGAAUGAAUCAUUUUCAAAUUAAAUGUGUAGAUACCCUUUUCAUUCAAAGUGGUGCCCAUUUCAUUUUGCGCUGCUCAGAAUGAAGAGAGAGAGAAAAGAGGAUGGACUGGUGGCCAUCUUUGAUUUUGACUGGAAAAUUAUCAUUACAUUCUCAAAUUUCAUGUGUAGAUUCCCAUUCAUCCCUCGUAGGGAUCUGUCUAUUUCGAGACUGAGCAGGAAAGUAAAAUGGCUAAGUUGCUGUCACAGACCUGGACAGUUCAAGUUGAUUAUUACUAUUUAUCUUCGCAGUACAUAGUACUUAACUUUCAUACAUAGGUCCUCAUGGUCCCUUGUAUUACAUGAACAAUUUUGAUAAACUGAGGGGCAUCAUCUUAGAUUGUGACCUGGAAUGUUUGUUACUGCUUUGUUUUUUGACUGAUUUACUGGAUGGAUCUUUUUAGAACUUUAUUUGUAGAUUCCACUUGGUCCCUUGCCUUCCUGUGCAUUGUCUUUUAUAGAACUGAUAAGAAAAAAUAAUUGUUGAUUGGUGGCCAUCUCCUUUUUGACAUUUAAGAUUAUAAUUGCUAGCACUUAUGUUGAAGAAGUGAAGAGAUCGAAAAAAUUGUAUAAAUAUCAAACAGCAAUGGGUGUCAAGUUUAGUAAGAUGGUGCUCAGCUAGAAUCAAUUAACUUAUGAUAUAUUGCUACAUGCUAUUAAGUUUUUAGGUCAUCUGACCUGAAGGGUCAGAAUGACCUAUAGCCAUCUUGUAUCAUCCGCUGUCGGGUGCUGCCUGCUGUGUGUAAAUUUUUCAUUCAAAUGACCAGAAGGCUCUGGGUGCUGAUAUUGGGCCUGUAGCAUGAUGGGAUGAAGGGCUACCAUGUUUGUUCACCUUGACAUGCUGUCAAUGUCACAACUGUCAAAUGUGUUGAAUGCAUAAGCAACUUCUUCUCAAUAACCAAAAGGCCAAGGGUCUUAAUAUUGGGCCUGUAGCAUGCUUUUUCAAUAAGCAACAUGUCCGGAUUAAUGGCAUUUGUGUAGUACAUAUAGAAAGAAUAUGCUUUCAAGUUUGCAGAAAAUGAACCAACCAAAGUCUUCUAUGCAAGCUGUAGUGUAGUUGGGCAAUUUACCGUCUUUUAGGCCUGUUUGGCCUCUUUCAUAUAUAAGUCUUUAUAGUCAGAUGACCCUUAAAGCCUGUAGGCCUUUUUAAUUUUCCAGGGCUUUGUCCUAGUUUGUGCUAGUUUACUGGGAUUGAAUUGUUUGCAUGUCUAUUGCUUGGUAUCCAUGUAUACAGGCAUAUACAACAUACAUUUCCUUACAGUGUGGUUUACUGUAAAAUGUUACUUAGAUUCAUGCUAUCUUUAAUGACCACAUAUGUAGUAAAAUUGAAUCCACCACAAAUACUACCACUUAGCACUAUACUCUAGGUGAACAUUUCAUAGAAAACAAUUUGUUUGAUUGUUCAUAAAAAUAGUAAACUUUGCCAAGGUUGUCCUUCAAAUUAUGUUAUAAAUUUCUGUUUUAUUAGAUCACCUGAGACAAAGUAUGACUAUCAGGGGCUGUUGGAUGGUGCCAAAAAUAGGUCAAAUUGACUGAAAUUUCAAAAAUCUUCUUCUCAAUACCUAUAUAAUACAGAACCAAAUACUCUUCAUGUAUGGGUUCUUAUGGUGCUUUAUAAAAAUUGUGAAUUUCAUGACCUCAGGGUCUUGCAUAAUGCCUUGGGGAGGGGGUAAAAUUUACUCUAUUUUAUAUAGGAAAUUUACAUUUUUGAGCAUAAUUUUUUUUCCCCUAGAAAUAGUUCAAAUUUGGUUAGAUUUUUGGGUUAUUAGUAUAAGCUUACAAUUCGAUGACAUGCAAAUAUUGACCUUGAAUGAACCUCCAGGGCUUAAUGGGUGGUGCCAAAACUUGGUCAAAUUGAUUGAAAUUUUAAAAAAAAAUUCUUCUUAAUACCUAGAGAAUGUAGAACCAAAUAUUCUUCUUAGAUCAAAGUUUCUUCUGGUGCUUUAUAGAAAUUGUGAAUUUUAGGACCUCAGGGUCUCACAUUUCGCCUUGGGGAGGGGGUAAAAUUUACUCUAUUUUAUAUAAGAAAAUUACAUUUUUCAGCAAAACUUGUUCAUUUUCAUUCAGAAAUUGUUCAAACAUGGUUAGAUUGUUCUUUCUCAUUAGGAUAAGCUGACAGCUUGAUGAGAUGCACAUCUUGACUUUGACUGACCUCCAGGAACUAAUGGGUGGUGCCAAAAAAGGGUCAAAUUGACUGAAAUUUCAAAGAUGCUCUGCUGCUCCUGGAUGGAAGAUUUUAUAUACCGUAGGAAAAUUAAAUCUUGAGUGUAAUUUCUUUUAAUUCAAACUUGGUUAGAAGCCUUAGCAUAGGACAACUGUUAAUGUAUACACAAUUUACAUUUUGCAUUUGAAGUACAGGUUAAAUUUAUAUUACUUGUUUUUAAGAAAAUCAUUUCUUAACAUGUUACAAGAAGCAUUGUGACUCAGGUGACCGUUAAGGCCCUUGGGCCUCUUGUUUUAACAUACAAGUAUGUUAAUUUUCUAUAUUCAGAUAUAUAUAGUGUGUAAGAAUGACAGUUUUGUUGUAUAUGACAGUGUAUGUUGAACUCGCUUUCCCCUCAACUCUAUUACUUUUCAAGAUAACAUAUUGCUUUUCUAUCUGUCCGUCCAUCUGUCCUUUUAACAAAAUAGUAUCUUACUUUUCCAGCAGAUGGCUUGGACUGAAGAUUUUGCUCAUGUGAAUAAUAUUAUUUUCAUAAUCAUGUGAGAACGAAAUUUUCAUCAGCAUCCAAAUGUAUAGGAUGUUAAAGAUUGUUUUAUGUAAAUGAAUUUAUUAAAUAGUAUUUUAAUGCAUUAUUGCCAAUCAUGUUGUAGGUUUUCACUUGUUAAAGGUGAUGUUUGGAUGUCCUCUGUUCCCAUACACAUGUAUAGUAUGAUAAUAGUAAGAUGACAUGAAAUCUAGAAUUUGUGUUUCUGAUCUAUCAGGGCUCAGUCCUGUGGAGGGUUCAACCUUUUCAGAAUAAAAACAUAG